CGUACAAUUUAGGUUUGACGGCCGUAUCAUGUAGCGCAUAAGUUCAGGGCCUGAGCAGGUGUUCUGUGCUUUAGCUGAGCUUUUUAGUUGGUUUAGUCAAGUUGUUUCUUUAUUCUAUUGUUUAGUCUUUUAGCUUUAAGUCUGCUGGCAGGAAUGGUAGGAUCGUGAAAGCCACACGUACUACAGUGUUGCUGGAUAGCUCAAAACAGAUGGUGAAUGACUGCUGUAGACGCUGCAGAAGGACACUUCCAGCUGCUCGCAAUGUCUUCAGGUGUGUGAUCCCAGGCCCAGCAUUGAGGAUGGAGGUGCCAGAACAAAGUUGGAAGAAAGUGCUUUAUGACGACCAGAGUUUUCCUGACAAUUAUGUUGACCAGUCGUUUCUGGGCCAGCUGCGUAAAAAUGUGAACCUGGUCCAUUUCAGCCUGACUGAAGCACUCUAUGGCGUCACUGGCAUGGUGCAGCAAAUUUGCCGAACAGUCCUGUUUGCUGUGCUGUUUGGCCACCUGCAGGGAGGCCUGCUGCAUCCAUCAGAGCUUUUUGUUGGGUUGGCCUUGCUUGGCUGGCCAACAUACUUGCUCUAUGUGUUCGUGCAGGAAAGGAAAACUGGUGAAGUGCUGGAAGACCUUCGCCGAGCAGCCAUAUUUGUGGCAUUUGGAUCGUCUUUGGCACCCAUCAUGGGUACCCUGACAGAGACCAUAAGCACUGACACUGUGUAUGCUAUGGCUGCUGGGGCACUGCUGCUACACGUGGCCUGCCAUGACUAUACUCCUGGUCCAAGGACGCAAGGAGUUUGCAUAACAGAAGCUCAAGAACCAGCUUCUGAUGAUGGACCAUGGGCUGCUAUAUCGUUAAAUGGUGCUCUCUUUGGUGCGGUGUGCCUUGCCUCACGGCUUACCGGCAGUGGCCCUGUACUUGCCCUCUCUUCCCUGGCAGUUGCCCUUUUUCUGCUGGCUCCUUUGUUGGCCUCCUGGGUGCAGGAUCGCUGGCCUAGGCUACAGGUUGUGCUGACACUGAUUCAUGGAAUACUGGCAUUGACAAGCUGCUGGCAGUUCAGUCCUCCCUUGGCUGCAGCACUGGCCUUAGCUUUGCUGGCUGUAGGCCUGGUUCUUCCAGGGCAUUUUGUUUACUGCCACCAGUACAGACAGAGUAUCCAUGGCCCAUGGGACGAAGCUGUCAUUGAUGACCAGCAACACUAAGCUGGAGUGCUAUUGAACUUGUUUAAAAUGCAUACCAGUUUUGAGGACCAGAAGCUGCAGCAUAGAAAUGCAACUUGGCAUGAAAACACCAGCAAGUUGUGUUGCUGUGUUGAAGAUCACGUGCCUUCUGACGUUCUGGUCACAUGCCUUCUGGUGCAGUUAUGACAACAGAUGUUUUACUGUCAAAUGGGCAAAUAGGAACGCUCAGAAAUGCUCCAGAAAUGCCCUCUUCAGCACUCAUGCCAGUCUUGGCAGUGCCACAGAGGCUGGUGCGAGCAUGUGCAAGGGUACAUGUUAAGUGCGCUCCAAGCAUGACUGAAAAACCAAUAUCUGCAGUGCUGCAUCAUGUUAUUUCUUUUGUGCGGUGAAACACAUGGCAUGAUAAGUUAGUGAAUGUCUAGCUCCUUUGUCCUAGCACCAAAUUCUGUUCUGUGCUGGUUGUUGCAAGUAACAUUGGUGUAACAUUUAUCCUUGGUAAAUAUGUGUGGACAUGAAGCCUGAAAAUUAAGUAUAAUGCAUCUAUAGUUCAACCUCUGUAGCCAAAACCUUACUCAAAAUGAGGUUUUUCAUGCCAUAUUAAUAGGUGUGUUUGAAUAGAAGAAUUUUCUAAUCAAAUUGAAUACAAAGAUUAAGAAAAAUUCUCCUUUGAAUAUUAAAUCGAGUACCAAAUAUUUCCUAGAAAAAGGAAAGAACGAAAGAAAACACCACAAUGAAUUUUGCUAAAAAAUAUUUUGCCUAACCUGAUAUAACAAUCAGCAGGAAACCUGAGUAAGAAACAGCCUUAAUUUGGUAGCUAUAAAUUUGGUAAUAAGGUAUUGCGAAAAAAGAUAGAAAAAAAAAAGAAGUGCUGUUCCAAGAACUACCGUAAGUUAAGGCCGGUGCCGCCAAGUAUUGGCUCAGUAUUUCCUGUAGAGAUGGAUUAAGAACACAUAUUUGCGGUGGCCUUGCAUUAUUUUUUUCACCCAAGGUGCACUAACAAUUAUUCUCAUUGAGUGCUAUUUGAAACAGACAAAUAUUUGAACAUAUUUAGAUCAGAAUCUCAGAUCAAGCAUGACUAGAAUAACAGACUAUUCAAUAUUUGACAUUUUGAAUAUUCACAACCCCUACAUAAUAGUCUAACUUUAUAUGUUCCUAUAAUAGUCCUGUUGGCUACCACACUGAAAAUGACCAUUCUUAAAUUAAAUUUUAAUAGAAAUAUGGGUGAUUGUGGCACAAUAUAGUGGCAUCCAGUGUGCCAUUUUGUCUAGCCGUAAGAGUAGUACUCCAUAAUUCUUGGUUGUCUGCAUUUGUAUUAGAGGAGCUAACAAAGCAGUGCUGCCAUGGCAUGAACAUGAAGCCACAUAUGUUCUUGCACCCAGAGGGGAUCACUUUACAUGAGGCAAGCCAUAGUUGUAUUGGAACUCACUGCGCUUAUUUUGGAAUCGAAAACAUGGCUCUGUGCACUGGCUGCCACAUAUUCUGAUAGUGCACAAAGCGUUGGUUGCCCUGUGACUAUCAUAAUCAUUACUGUGCACCAACAAUGCCAGAUGAACAGUAUAUGAAUAUGUAGUUUCAUAUGUAUGGAAAACCAUACAUAUGAAACCAAUUUAGUUGAUGCACAGAUGUGUCACAACUAGUCAUUCAUGUAACAGAUGAAAGUGACCUACAAUUACUUGUUGAAUGCCCAUGUAGCCCAGCUGUGGUAUGCCUCGUACCAUUUUGCAGCGUCCUAAGAGCUGCAUGCAUAAUAAGAAUGCUGUUAGGCAAUCCAAAGGGGUGCCUAUCAUUUAGAGUGGAGCUCUUAGGUACCCGUUCUUAGUUGUUCUUAGUUCUUAGAGUGGAGUUCUUAGGUACCUGCCGUCGGACGAUGCCGACGGCAUUGGCAUAACUGAGUGAACAAGCACCACAAAGAGUGAAAGCAAAUGUGGAGCGCAGCAAGAGAUGAAAGAAAGGCGAUAGUACAGGAGGAGGGUGCAGCAGAACCAUGAGGUGGAAAGCGGAGGAGGAGUGGAGGGGAGACGGCCUGCUCAUGUGCGGAGUUGCCGGCGGCCUAGGCAUCCACAGCCAAGUGGGCGAUCUCAAGUGCGCUUCCGAGUGGGGUGGGGAGAGGGGGGGUGCAGGGUGCCGUGAUGUGGGGAAGGCUACGCUCGUCCACGAUAUCAGCUGCUGAGGUAAGUCCGUGAUACCAGCGUGUGUGAUAGGGAUCACUGCUAUUGCAAGGGGUGAUGGUGAGCAACUACGAGUAAUGCUCGAUGUGAUGCUCCCUUACGUGCUGUCACCGCUAACACUGGUGGCACGAUUUCCUCAUGACGAAGCAUGAGAAGCGCGAGAACAAAAGCGUAGUGCCGCGGAAGACGGGCUGUGCGGUAACGAUGGCUACGAUAUGGCACCAGAGUAGCGCGCAUUGUCUCUCUAGAAACAAAGCACUGCAUGAGCGGAAGUCUGUCUGUAGAGGCUGCUGUGAACUGCGCUCACGCGUCACCCAUGCGCUGUGCCACACUUCGCUCCCCGUUUGGAACGUGCUGCAUGAGACAGAUUGUCCGUGCCAGCCAAUAUAUCGCGAAAUAAAAACGCAUAUAGAGCUGCACUCAAAUUUCGUGUUGGGGAGUAUCGUAAUCGUCGGUUAAUUUGUUAUAUAUAUGACACAGUUGCGUUUCAUUGCGAGCUUCAAUAAAAAUUCAUGAGGGUGGCAGUUUGGGCACUUUGGUACUCCGUAAGGAAAAACAAAUGAGCAUGAACUGGAUAUGGACAGAAAAAAAACACGCACAAGUGCAUUUAGUGCUUGUAAGUGCCUCUCUUCCGUCUGUGUCCAGUCUACGCUAAUUUAUCCAGUAAAACUCUGGACCAUAUGCGUACAUCAUGGCAAUAGUUCAGUGGUGCAACAAAGAAAUUGCUUAACGGUGUCACAUCAGGAAUAAUUUUAUCGCUUAACCAAAUUACUUCCUUCUUCCUUAAUAAAAGAAGGUAAGCAUGACAAUAACUGUUACCUGAACAAAACAAUGCUUCCUGCCAGUCUCGCGAAGGUAUCAUGCUGUUGCAUGUGAAGACUAAAAGUAGACCAUGCAACCACAUAAACCAUAGUAAAAGUAUAUUAAACUAUGCUAAGCAAUCCUCACAGCCAUAUAUGAUGAUGAAAAAAUGCAGAGAAUUGCAGCAGCAAUACUAAUAAGAACAAAAACUAUGGGACCCCCUCUGGUGUACCUGCAAAUAGAGAGCAGGCACUAGCUGGCCUUUAACUUCUUCCAAGGUCCUGAGGCUGUAUUCAUUUGUUCCCAUGAACAUUGGAAUGAUUGCUGUCAUACAUAGCAUACAUAAAAUCACUUGGGACAAGAUGGCAGUCCCUUCUGUACGGUUUACAUUUACAUUCAUCCUGUAUCAUGAGAUGCUGCUCUCUCCUUGUAGUAUUAGGUUCACCUCUGCACUUCUGCGUUUCUCUGUGCUUCACUAUCACUUAUGAUAGCCUAGUCACAUUUACUAGCAGCAGUGCAAUCGCACAUCCUUUGCUUGCACUAUCUUGACUAUAAAGUUCAACAGCCUCUACAAAACACUGCUGCCACUGUGAAGUUACUCUGAUUUGUAGUUCCAGUGCGAUGGCCAAGUAAUUGAGGCACUGGCCUUCAAUCACAAAGGACCUUGCCUCAGAUUUUGUCAUCAUCAUCAUCAGCCUGGUUACGCCCACUGCAGGGCAAAGACCUCUCCCAUACUUCUACAGCUACCCCGGUCAUGUACUAAUUGUGGCCAUGUUCUCCCUGCAAACUACAAACUAUUUUGUAAGGUGCCGCCAAGUAUUUUCAUUUUUCACAUCCCUUGUAUAUAGUGUUAGUAUACUGAUAUUUUUUUCAGUGCCCAUUCCAACAUACUUAUUGCUCGUAACAUAAAACAAUUCUGGCAGAACCGAUCCCACAUGAACGUCGACAUUAAUGCGAUUAGCACUGAAGUAAUGCAGUGACACGCCUUGUCGCCACCGCCAAAACAAGUCGCGUACGAAACGUACAGGAGCCGGCCACCUUUCUCAUGCUUCUCUCUGGACACGCUGCACUAUCUAGCACCGCCUCUGCUAAGUUUGUUCACGGCCUCUGUCGGAGAUAUGUGGCACGUUGGUGCGUGUAAAUAUUGAAAACUGUUCGCUCGCUGCCCACGCGCAUUCGUGGCACAGUGUGCUAAAACGUUGCGCUGCUGUGCUUGGCAAGCCCGUGUAAUGCGGGUUCGAUUGCACCCAGCACUGGAUGUAUUUUUUUUUUUUUUUUUUUUUUUGAGUGUGGCAUGUGAUUGACCAAGAAUGGGCACAUACCUAGUUGCACGUACCCAGUGGUCCAAGUUGUCUAUUUGGACCCAGACCCAGUUGCGCAUGCCCAAUGGCCUAAGUUGGGAUAUGAAAUAGGUUAGAUACAAACAUAAUGCGAAAGGGGUAAAGUUCCCAAAUAUUGCUAAUUACAUUAACACUUGCACAUGCUGUAAGCAUAAUUUGUAGGACCAUGACCACUAUCAGUGAACAAAGGAAGAAACAAAAUUUGGGUGGUUAGGCUUUUGUAAUUGGUUGUGACAGAAGUCCAGUUGGUGUAAAGCUACCGUAGAUGCUCUGUAUUGCUGGGUCAUUCCUGUGUAGACUUCAAUUUAAAGAAUGGGAUGUGUACUUUGUCUAUAUGUGUAAUAAAGAUGUGUACAGCAAUUGAA